AGGCCUGUGCCCACGGACCUAGGUGAGGACAGGCAUUUGUUUUCAGGUCCAAAUGUUACAUUUCCCAAGACCACCCUGGCCCACCAUGCCCCCAUCCCCCCAUCCUGUGCCUAUAAAAACCCUGAGACCCUAGUGGGCAGACACCCAAGCGGCUGGACAUUGAGAGGAUCACAGCAGUGGAAAAAGACACAAGCACCUAGCCGUUGAGAGGAACGCACUGGCCUAAGAACAUACUGACAGACGCCGGUAGGCCAGCAGGCCGGCAGGCCAUCAACCCGCGGAAGGACACGGACUUUGGCCAGGGCGGUAUAAGGAGCCUAAAGGACGUCAUACCCAUGGGCCAGACCUAACAUUCCUUUCUGCUGAUCCCAAGUUUUUAGACAAAGUUUCCCUUCCUUAACCAAUUGCGAAUCAGAAAAUCCUCGAAUCCACCAAUGACCUGCUAUGAUGUAAGGAAGCAUGAGAUUAAUGAGGGCAGAGGGUGAAACUGCUUCCAGCUUGACUUCCAUCCAGUGCUUGAGGCAUCUUGGAGAUUGUCAGUGACCUACAGAACUUUCCUAUAUAUACAAUAAGAGGAGUUAAUUCAAGACCAGUGCAUAUACCAGUAAAGAUGUCAUCUGGCCAAUUUGUGUGAAAAUAGAGAAUAAUUCUCAUCCAAACUGCCUGUCUCUGGAAAUAAGAAAAGCUCUGAGGGUCUCCAAAGUUACCAGAGGAAGGCUGAAUUUUAUGGUGAUUGAGAAUAUUUCCAAGCUUAUGAAGAAAAAAAUAUCAUUAGUCUUUUCCAUGGUAGAAAAGAGUAAAGCCUGUAACAAAAAAAGUGAUACAGUGGAUGGGAUGAUGAGACCCUUGAAAUAAGCAAGAAUGGACCAGAAACUGGUAACACUCACCCAUGGAAUUUCAUUAUGAAGUCGUGGCAAGGGCCAAGCCGACCUGGAUUUGAAACCCAUCUCUUCAACGAUAUAGAUUUUGACAACAUAUUUGAUUUCUCUGGGCCUCAGUUUGUUAUCUGCACAAAAGGGAGAUAUGAAUGGUUACGUUAUUGGAUUGUCAUGAACAUUAAAUAGGAUAAUGUCAAAUCAUUCAGCCAAGUUUCUAGCAUAUAGUACAGGUUCAAAUAUUAUCUUUUUUUCCCACCAACCUCUUUUCCAGGAAAAUGCAAAGCUACUCUUUAGCCAAAUUUUAAAACAGGGGAUAUUUAUUUUGGGAAUCAUUAAUACCCAUCUGCCCCUUUUUUGGUCCAUUGGACAUAUUGAAAUGAAUGAUUAAUACUUAUCACUUCAUGGUGUACACAUUGUUUUGUUUCUUACAUCCAGAGUCUAGUCCUCAGCUCUAACCAAAGUAAAGGAAACUGGAAAGACACACGCUUUUUCAGUCAUUAAUAGAAAGUUGUCCAGAAACCCGGCGAGUGAAUCUACCCAGAGCUGAAGCUUCCUUUGCAACUUGGGAACACCAGGGCCACAGUGACUUUGUGGCUUGGCUUUAGAUAAAUUUGACCAUGGCUGUAGAACCCAGCAGCUCAGAAUCCAUUAAAAGGAGAGCUGGGAGGAGAAUGAAGAAGAUGAGCAACAUUUAUGAGUCCGCUGCCAACACACUGGGAAUCUUUAACAGCCCCUGCCUGACCAAAGUUGAGCUGCGUGUGGCGUGCAAAGGCAUUUCUGACAGAGAUGCCCUUUCCAAACCAGACCCCUGUGUCAUCCUCAAGAUGCAGUCUCACGGGCAGUGGUUUGAGGUUGACAGGACUGAGGUGAUUCGCACCUGCAUAAACCCAGUGUACUCAAAACUGUUUACUGUGGACUUUUACUUUGAGGAGGUUCAGCGCCUGCGGUUUGAAGUCCAUGACAUCAGCAGCAACCACAAUGGGCUGAAGGAGGCCGACUUCCUUGGUGGCAUGGAGUGCACACUUGGCCAGAUUGUUUCCCAGAGAAAGCUGUCCAAAUCCUUGCUGAAGCAUGGGAACACAGCAGGGAAAUCUUCCAUCACGGUGAUUGCUGAAGAAUUAUCUGGCAAUGACGACUAUGUUGAGCUUGCAUUCAAUGCACGGAAAUUGGAUGACAAGGAUUUCUUCAGUAAAUCUGACCCAUUUCUGGAAAUUUUUCGUAUGAAUGAUGAUGCAACUCAGCAGCUGGUGCACCGAACUGAGGUUGUGAUGAAUAACUUAAGCCCAGCCUGGAAAUCAUUCAAAGUAUCUGUAAAUUCUCUAUGCAGCGGAGACCCAGACCGCCGGCUAAAGUGCAUAGUAUGGGACUGGGACUCCAAUGGCAAGCAUGACUUCAUUGGAGAAUUCACCUCGACAUUCAAGGAGAUGAGAGGAGCAAUGGAAGGGAAACAGGUGCAGUGGGAGUGCAUCAAUCCCAAGUACAAAGCCAAGAAGAAGAAUUACAAGAACUCAGGCACUGUGAUUCUGAAUCUGUGCAAGAUUCACAAGAUGCAUUCUUUCUUGGACUACAUCAUGGGUGGCUGCCAAAUCCAGUUUACAGUAGCUAUAGAUUUCACUGCCUCAAACGGGGACCCCAGGAACAGCUGUUCCUUGCACUACAUCCACCCUUACCAACCCAAUGAGUAUCUGAAAGCUUUGGUAGCUGUGGGGGAGAUUUGCCAAGACUAUGACAGUGACAAAAUGUUCCCUGCCUUUGGGUUUGGCGCCAGGAUACCUCCAGAGUACACGGUCUCUCAUGACUUUGCAAUCAACUUUAAUGAAGACAACCCAGAAUGUGCAGGAAUUCAAGGAGUUGUGGAAGCCUAUCAGAGCUGUCUUCCUAAGCUCCAACUCUACGGUCCCACCAACAUUGCCCCCAUCAUCCAGAAGGUUGCCAAGUCAGCGUCAGAGGAAACUAACACCAAGGAGGCAUCGCAAUACUUCAUCCUGCUGAUCCUGACAGAUGGUGUUAUCACAGACAUGGCCGACACCCGGGAGGCCAUUGUCCAUGCCUCCCACCUCCCCAUGUCAGUCAUCAUCGUGGGAGUAGGGAACGCUGACUUCAGUGACAUGCAGAUGCUGGACGGUGAUGAUGGGAUUCUGAGGUCACCCAAGGGAGAGCCUGUUCUUCGAGACAUCGUCCAGUUCGUGCCCUUCAGGAACUUCAAACACGCAUCUCCAGCUGCCCUGGCAAAGAGCGUGCUGGCUGAAGUCCCAAACCAAGUUGUGGACUAUUACAAUGGCAAAGGAAUUAAACCAAAAUGUUCAUCAGAAAUGUAUGAAUCUUCCAGAACACUAGCACCAUGAACUCCCCACACAGUUUUACAGAGUUCUGAAAUACUAUUCCUGCUAAUAUUUCAUAUUUAAUACUUCUACUACUCCUGUACUUUAAAAAAAAACAACAUAUACACAUUUAAAAAUAGCACGUUUUGGUGAUUUUUAACUAUCUGACAAUUUUUUUUGCAUGUGUAGCCCUGAGGCCUGGAUCUGUUAAACCCUUGUAUUGUUAACUUUUUACAAAGAAAUACAGAUAAUAAUAACUUACUAUUUACAUUACAGCAUGUCGCCUUGAAAUAAAAUGGUAUCUGUAUCCGUUUUUAUACAGGUUUGUUGAAAUUUUGCUAAAUUUCUUAUCUUUACACUCUAAAGCAUUUUGAAACAUUUACUGAACGUUGAUAGACAAAAUAUACUUGGUUUUAUCUGCUAUAGGAUGAAAGACUUUUUAAAAUGGCAGAUGCAUGGACUGUAUUUUGCAUGUUUAAAAUAAAAAAAGAAAAACCCA